UACAUAUAUUGGCUGCAGUCAUUUAUUGCCUGAGUGUUAUACUAUUCAGAUAUAAUAUUAUCAGUGAUCAUGUCUGUACGGAAGAUGCUGAGGGCGAAGCUCGUUGUGCUGGGAAGAGAUAACUGUGGGAAGACAGCUCUGUGUGUCAGAUUCAUCACCAGGCGUUUUAUUGGAGAGUAUGAACAUAAAAGGGAGGUCACCUACAGGUGUCAGAAAAUCGUGGAGAAGGAGGCGAUUGAACUGGAGAUUUUAGACACUGUUAAUAAGGAGUGUGUAGGACCUGCUGUGUCCUCUCUGGAGAGUUCCAUUAAAUGGGGCGAUGGGUUCCUCAUCAUGUACUCCGUGACGGAUCGCAGCAGUUUUGAGGCUGUGUCGCGCCUGAAGAGACUGAUUGACCAUGUUAAACAAACGCUCGGUAUUCCAACAGUCAUUGUUGCCAAUAAAUGUGACAUGGAGAACGGCCGAGUGGUGAGGACGGAUGAGGGACAGGUUUUAGCCUCGGACCUCGGGUGCAGUUUCUUUGAGCUGUCUGUAGCAGAGGACACUUCAGCAGUGGAGGCUGUGUUCGGGCAGCUGGUGUGUGAAGUGCGGCAGGAGUUUCAGCGACACUUGCUGGCUAUGGACAAGCGCUCACGGAUGCUGCAGAUGAGGCAUGCGCUCAAAAACAAACUCACACGGAGUAAAACCAUGCAAUGGUGACAAGGACUAAAUGCAGUUCAGACCUGACAACUAUAGUGCUGUGUCCUGGCAUGACUACCUUUCAGAGAAGAACAAGUGCCUUUUGGGUGUCCAAAUACCAUCAUGGACAGUGUUAUCUGUAUGUUUAUGUCAGACAGCAAUAAGCAGCAGUGUGUUUUUUAAAGGUGCAGUGUGUAAUGAAUGUGCCACUGGCAACACCAAACAAUGACUGUUAAAACGGACUAACAGGUAGUCCCAACUCAAACUUUUGCCACUGAUUGAGCUAGAAGCUGAUGUGUCGGACCAAAAAACAAAAUGUUGAUACCCACUCUCUGUGCAUUAAACUGGUUUAAGAGAAAGUAGAUCCUUUAAUGUCUAUAAAGGAUCCAUUUGACCACUUGAGCUCAGUGUACUGCUUUUGCAUCACUAUUACUGUAAGUAGCGGCCUUUCAGUGCAACAUUCAUUCUGUAUUUAAAUUUCAUUUUAUGUGUGAGAAGUCAUAAAUGCAUAUUUAUAGGCACUGGAUUCAUUCUUGUCUAGUAUUAUUAAGUCGUGUCUAAAAUGACAUGAUCUAUGUCU